CCCCUCCAUGUUCAUUCCCCCCUCUCACAAUGUAUUCCUACGAGAAAGUCAACCGUGACGACGACAGUGACCAGGGGCUUCUGGCUGAGGACUCGGAGAGAGUCGCACCUCAGCCCAGAGCCUCCAGAUUCCCCAGCUGGACGAACGCUUUGCUGCUUUUGGGACUGUUGUUUUCGCUCUCACUGAACGUGGGAUGGUUUGUGUUCCAGAAGGGUCACAAUGUCCCCAUUCAGGACUUGGAUCCUGAUGCGGCCAUGGCUAAGCAGCGGUCUCCUUACACCGGUCUCGCAUGGGAUACUCACCUGCCUUACUCCCACCACUCCGAGUAUACUAGCGAGAACAAGACACAUGCGGAUGAGAUGUGGGAGAACCUGAGCAUGGACCCCAUGGUUAUUGCUCCCACCUGGGAAUGGGCUCAGAGCAAGGGUCUGUCGGACUCUUGGGCUUUCCCUUGGGAUUCGAACCGAAGGAUCUACUUCGUCAAGGUGUUCCAUCAACUCCACUGUCUCAAACUUAUGCGCCACUCUUACCAUGAACUCUGGUCCGGACAAGAGAGCUCGAUCCCCGCUCCUCAUAUCGAACACUGCCUCGAUUCCCUGCGACAGGAUCUGAUGUGCAAGGCCGAUGAUACCCCCAUGCCAUCUCUUCAGCUGCUGAAUGGUGGUGGAGAAGGCCAAUUAAUGCAAUGCAAGGACUUUGAUAAGCUGGUCGCUUGGUCGAAGGCACCGGAACGCAAUGCUUGCUACAAGCGACUGACCGACUACAAGCCGAUCGUCCAUAGCAUUGAGCGCUACGCUUUCUGUCCUGAGGAUAGUGAGCACUACCCGACGAUGAGCAAGUAUUUCGAGGAACACGGGCAUUAUGCCGAUCCUUUUUCGGAAUAGACAAGGGCGAGGCUGAUUUGGUUCGGCUGGGGGAGA